AGGCAGAGGUGUGGUUCGACGUCACACACAGAUAUAAGGCGCGUGGUGAGAGUGAAAGUAGAAACAACUUUGCUCUUCAUCCUGGUGCUUGGACCUGGACACUCCUGGACCUAAGGAACAAGGUGACCUCCUGGAAGACUCUGAUUUGGUUUCUUGACGAUGGCGCAGAAAUCUGCAGACGAAGAGGCAACAGGAGUCCUCCGCCUGGUUCUGAUGGGUAUGACUGGAGCUGGCAAGAGUUCCUGUGGAAACACCAUCCUGGGCGAGAAGAAGUUCAAAGCCUGCUUCAGCGGCAGCUCUGUCACCAGAUGUUGCCAGCUGGAACGAGCUGAGCUGAUGUUGGAGGAGAGCAGCGGCCAGAGGAAACGCACCGUUUCUGUGGUGGACGGUCCUGGGUUUGGAGAUACAGACCUCACUGCAGAGAAGGUCCUGAUCGAAAUCUCCAAAUGUGUGAGUCUGUCCUCUCCUGGUCCGCACGCUUUCCUCCUGGUGGUGCCAGUGGGCCGCUACACCGAGCACCAGAACCAGGCCGUCACUCAGAUGGCCCAGAUAUUUGGAGAAGAAGCGAUCCGUGACCACACGGUGGUGCUGUUCACCAGAGGGGAUGAGCUGGAGGAUUCUGACAUCGAAUCCUUCCUCAGACUGAUGGCGCCUAAUGCCCUCAGAGAGCUGGUUAGCCGGUGUGGAAUGAGGUUCCACGUGUUCAAUAAUAAGGACACCAGAAGUUCUGAACAGGUCAGGGUGCUCCUGGAGAAGGUGGACCACAUGGUGGAGCAGAGAGGGUUUUACACUAGCGUCAUGUACCAGGCGGCUGAGGCUGCCAUCAGGGAGGAGGAAGAGCGGCUGAAGAGGGAGGAGGAGGAGGAACAGCAAGGUGGCGCGCAGGCCGGACAGCCAGCAGCAGAUGACAAGCAACAGUCGACUGCUGCAGGUGGUGGUGAAGCGUCACAGGGGAGGACGCCUCCCCGGUUACUGUUAGAGAUCAGGAGGGAGGCGGCGCGCUCCCCCUUGGUGCAAGGCAUAAUCAGGUCCCUGGUCCUCGCAAUCACCAAAGGCAUCGUGGACGUGAACGACCUGGGGAUUUUCGACCGCAGCAGGCCGUCCAGAACACGGGCCCCUCGGGCCGGCUCUGACUCGGUGGUGCGAGCGGGAGAUCCGACUCUCCUGGACCCUGCAGUAUCAGUCGAAGACUUACUGGCUCAGAUGGCUCACAUCGGCGUUCGCGGCGUCAAUACCCUGGUGCAACGUCUGAACCGCCGUGCAGAGCCCAGAAACCAGCAGCUCCCUGAUCCAGGACAUGAGGUCCCUUCUCUGCUGCUGGUUCAUCCAACAUCCACCAGUCUUGCCGUCUCUGUCAGAACCGCACUUCAGCUUGAGAAAAAAGAAUCCCCGCGGUUCUUCAAGGAAGUUCUGAAAAUUUUUAAAAUGGAUCCGGUCAACAUUCUGGAGGAGGCAGCUGAAGACGGAGCGGCAGCAGAACUCCGCCUGGUUCUGAUCGGAAUGACUGGAGCUGGCAAGAGUUCAUCUGGAAACACCAUCCUGGGCGAGAAGAAGUUCAAAGCCUGCUUAAGCGCCAGCUCUGUCACCAGAUGUUGCCAGCUGGCACGAGCUGAGCUGAUGUUGGAGGAGAGCAGCGGCCAGAGGAAACGCACCGUUUCUGUGGUGGACGGUCCUGGGUUUGGAGAUACAGACCUCACUGCAGAGAAGGUCCAGAUCGAAAUCUCCAAAUGUGUGAGUCUGUCCUCUCCUGGUCCGCACGCUUUCCUUCUGGUGGUGCCAGUGGGCCGCUACACCGAGCACCAGAACCAGGCCGUCACUCAGAUGGCCCAGAUAUUUGGAGAAGAAGCGAUCCGUGACCACACGGUGGUGCUGUUCACCAGAGGGGAUGAGCUGGAGGACACCAGCAUCGAAUCCUUCCUCAGGCAGACAGCGCCUGACGCCCUCAGAGAUCUGGUGAACCGCUGUGGAGGGAGGUUCCACGUGUUCAAUAAUAAAGAUACCAGAAGUUCUGAGCAGGUCAGGGUGCUCCUGGAGAAGGUGGACCACAUGGUGGGGCAGAAAGGGUUUUACACUAGCGCCAUGUACCAGGCGGCUGAGGCUGCCAUCAGGGAGGAGGAAGAGCGGCUGAAGAGGCUUCGACUUAAGAAGGAGCAGAAAGCACUUCGCAGGAGGGCCAGGAAACGAACCGCCGAUGUGAUCUCCAUUGGAGAUUCACAGCCGCUGCUGGGGACAGGAGGUGAACACGGUUCUCACCAGGAACGGUCUCAGCUCCGUAGCCAGGCGGCGCACUCCCCGACUGUGCUGGACAAAAUCAAGGCCUUUGUCUCUGCUAUAGCCACGGGCCUUGUGGUCGGGGCAGCGCUGGGGGCCCUCACCCCUCUGGCGGCUGCUGGCGGGGCCUACCUUGCAGGCACCACUGCUGGAUGGGUUGCAGGGGCCGCCGUUGAAGCAGCUGUGGGAAGUCUAGUGGCAGUAGCGUCAGGGGAAACUGCUGUUCUGUGUGGGGCAGCAGUAGGUGGAGUUGUGGGGGGUGUGGUGGGGGUUGUUGGCGCUGAUGCUGACAAUCCAGGGAGGGGCGCAUUGGAGACUGCGAAAACGGUUGGUGUCAUCGGAGCAGCUGCUGUCGGGGUGGGUGCUGGUGUGGGCUGCGUGAUGGGACUGGGGGCUCAGGUUGGUGCUCGAGCUGCAGCUGGUGCCUGCGUGCCUGUUGUCGGGGGACCCAUCACCGCUACAGGAGUUAGAUGUGCAGCCACUCAGUCUCCUGCGGGAUCAGCCCAAGGACCCAUGGGCCCUACAGCUCCCCCUGCUGGCCCCACAGUGCCUCCUGACUCCCAUACGCCUCCGGCUAAAUCCUGCCUGCAAAAAGUGGCUGACAUCACUAAGAGCUGCCUGGAGUCUCUGCCCCGGUCGGUCAAUGUCAAGGUGCAGGUGAAGAAAGAGAAGCCGCCAGAAGCUCCUGCGUCAGAGACCACCACAUACGAGUUCUCCAUGAACACCAAAGAGCAGUAAUCCUGGCAGGAUCACGCCCCAAAAUCUUCAUAUACGAUGCACACUUGAGAUUGGGAAUAUUGCACUUCCUCAUGCAUUUGUUUUUCAUUCGUACUGAAAUAUCACUCAUAGUUUGGUAAAAUGUGAAUUUACUCCAUGUAUACUGUUAUGUUGAUCAGAAAGAAUAAAUAAUAAUAAUUUCUCUGCAGUGCAUCAGAUUUCGUUCUGCUUGUGUAAAUAUGGA